AUGUCGAGCAUCAUCGGACGCACCGCCUUCCGCGCCGCCCCGCGCCUCCGAGCCACCCAGGUUCCCCGCCGAUGGAACACCAGCGCCGCCGGUGCUGACGAGCGCCAGGCCGGCAAGGAGGCCCUCAAGACGGGAGCGAAGCGCGAUCCCGAGCUCUACGUCCUCCUCGCCAUUAUGAGCGCCCGAUCGCCCACCAGCGCGUCUUCUGAGCGAUCCGUAGCCCAGGCACCCAACAGCAAGCCCUGGGAGGAGGGUGGCGGCGAGGGCAAGUACCAGUACCACCCCGGCGGUGACACCAGCGCCCCCAGGAAGGAUGCUCCUUCAGCAUUGAACGUGGUCAUCAUUCCCAACGUGACUCUUCCCAAGGAACUGCACGACGCAUACAACAAGUGGGGCAAGGACGGCUACUAG